GGUCGGUAAGGAGGGGUGUUACUAGGUGUGUGACGUGGGGUGAAACACACGAAGGGGUGAGAACCGAGUGGUGGUUGGUGAUGACACGCUCGGGGGAACUAGGAGCUGAUGUGUGGCUUACUACCAUUCAACCGAGCAGUGCGCGAGUAAGCCAGGUGGUGGCGAAGCUGCGAUCGGCUGCUGCUGAAAGGAUAGUACCGUUGAUCUCGUGGAUCCAGAGUGUGCGGGAGUAUUUACUGGAGGUCACAUGGGGGUUGGAGGAGGGGCCGCCCCCCCACCUGGAUGCGAUUACAGACUGCCCACGAUUGGACGACUUGAUGCGGCGCUACUACGAGGAGGUUGAGGAGGGGCAAGAUCUUUGCGCUACGCUGGAGGACCGCUGCUAUGAUGACGAUGAUGACAUCAUGGAAGACGUUAACAACAUCAACCCCAACAUCGACAGCAAAGACAACGACAAUCUCACCGAUAUCACCGUUAAUCACAACAACAACAACAAUGACAAGAACAACAAAAGCAACAACAACAAUGACGACAACAACGAUUGUGGUGAUAACAACAAAAACAACAACGAUUACCUCGAAGACGGCGACGACGCUUUCAUCCAGGCUUUGAAGAGCAACGACAACAACAACAACAACAUCAGCAACGACAACAAUAACAACAACAAUAAUAACGGCGACGACUGUGACCUCCGUGAAGAUGACGAUGACACACGCAUCCAAGUCAUUCAGGUCAUCGCCACCAACAACGGCGCCGAUUUCGCUGGCUAUGAAGACAACAAUUACAACAUCGAUUCGGGUGGGAGUGGUCGCUGGGUGCAGCGGACUCCUCCCACGAUUCUUGCCAUAUUCGGUGGAGGGAGGCCUUUUGGGGAGAGGAUCAUUUUGCGCAUAUAAGUAUCCGGCGCUGUUCGUGUGGGCGAGAAAGCAUUGCGUUGCU